AGCCUUAACAGUUAUGGUGACAUUACAAAACAAAAGGUGUCACAAAAGUCGUAACCUAAAGCCAAAGCUCUGCAUUCACUUUUAGAGCCAUCACUCCUCACAUAGCUUAGUGCAGAAUAUCAUAAUUCACUCUCUCUUGAUGCCAACAUUAACGGUUACGAAUGACUGGUUUAUUAUUGAGGCCUUCUCUAGGAGUCUUUAGAGGAUUGUGUCACUUUUAUUCAACGACGUUGACGAGCUCAUACUCGAUAAGGGACAUGUUGGUGUCUUCUUUCACUUUGAAGCUCGCAGGCUCUGUAACUUCAACACGAAAGAGAUGAAGGCGUGGGUGUACGGUGAGUACGGCGGAGUUGAUGUUCUGAAGCUUGAGAGUAACAUUGUUGUGCCGGAGAUUAAUGAAGAUCAGGUUCUGAUUAAAGUUGUUGCCGCUGCUCUUAAUCCCGUUGACGCUAAGCGACGGCAAGGGAAAUUUAAAGCCACUGAUUCGCCUCUUCCGACUGUUCCGGGAUACGACGUUGCCGGAGUAGUGGUGAAGGUUGGGAGUGCGGUGAAAAAUUUCAAAGAAGGAGACGAAGUUUACGGAGACGUGAGCGAGAAAGCAUUAGAAGGUCCUAAGCAGUUUGGUUCUUUAGCAGAGUACACGGCCGUGGAAGAGAAGUUAUUAGGGCUAAAACCUAAAAACAUCGAUUUCGCGCAAGCCGCGGGGCUUCCGUUGGCGAUAGAAACUGCUGAUGAAGGUCUUGUUAGGACUGAGUUCUCCGCCGGGAAGUCUAUUCUUGUUCUUAAUGGUGCCGGAGGUGUAGGGAGCCUUGUGAUUCAGUUGGCUAAGCAUGUGUAUGGAGCUUCGAAAGUUGCUGCAACAGCGAGUACAGGGAAGCUGGAGCUAGUGAAAAGCUUAGGUGCUGAUUUAGCUAUUGAUUACACUAAGGAGAACAUAGAAGACUUGCCUGACAAGUACGAUGUUGUCUUUGACGCCAUUGGGAUGUGUGAUAAGGCAGUGAAGGUGAUUAAGGAAGGAGGGAAAGUUGUGGCCUUGACCGGUGCUGUUACGCCGCCUGGUUUUAGAUUCGUUGUGACAUCUGACGGUGAAGUUUUGAAGAAACUAAACCCAUACAUUGAGAGUGGGAAGGUGAAACCUGUGGUUGAUCCCAAAGGACCGUUCCCAUUCUCACGUGUCGCUGAUGCCUUUUCAUACUUAGAAACGAACCAUGCCACAGGGAAGGUCGUUGUUUAUCCCAUCUCUUGAGGGGUCAGAUUAAGUGUAGCCUUAUCUAUGUGUAUAAGCUAAGAAAGUGUCAAAAGUGUUAUAUUCUCUUUGUAUCAGUGAGGUUGGAAAUAAAAGAGUGCUCUUUAGAAGCCUUA